ACGGCUUCCAAGUUGCGUGUAGUUCUCUGUCAAGCGUUGUCCUCGGCGCUCACGAGUUCGAGCGAGGGCGGCAAAUGCGUGUCCCGCGUGUAUGAGUACGUGCGCCAACCGUUAUAUCGAAGCCAACGAUAUAGACUUGUCAACAAUCUUCGAGGUUGAACGCGAGAGAGACGAGGAGAGACGACGAACGCACGAUCUUGGAAAAUGCGAAAAGCCCGCGAUGCGCGCGAUCGACAGGUGACACGUUCCCGCUGAAACGUGAAAGAGUUUGCGUUCCGCUCGCUACUAAUAGUACGAGAAGUGUGUGUGCGUUGCGUUCUUGGAUCACGCGAUGGAUCAUCAGCGAGCACGCCGGUGAACGGAUCGAGGGAUUUUUUUUUGCGCGAUCGAUACGUGGGAUCGUCGCGCGUGAUUCAAGUGUGGAAUUUAAUGGGAAGCCUAUUGGCAUUAUAGCGAUGAGACCAGGAAGCACGUGUGAUCGUUGAGAGCAAUUUAGCCGUUUGAUAAUUGAUAGAGAAGAUCGAGCCACUUCUUCGACGCUUUCAGACGGCUUCUCUUAUUCACGAUUAAAAACAGAAAUCUGAUUUUGACAGUCUUGAUUUAUGUUCCGUUGAAGAGAAAUGUUUUAAAGAAAAUCUCUGCAAGACUCCGUUAUUGCCUUAGACUACGAAAGUGCGAUUUCUUCUCAACUUUGGAAGCAUCGUAAUCGGAUUUUGAUGACGAGCGCUUCUCCGAUAGAUCAGCCUAUGAAGAAAGCAUCGAGCGAGUCUCUUCACGACACAUCGGAAUAAUCGCAGGAAAAUACGCGAUAAAGGAGGAAUUCGCCUCCGUUCAUUCUUCAUACAUCACAUUUCGAUCCUUUGGUGAUCGGCGAAAGGGGAUCGACCGGGACCGUCAACGCGGCCGCAACGUCGUCGCGUCGUCUGUCAUCCUGAGGGAGAAAUCCUGCAGGCCCAAUUGAGGCGAUCCGAGCUGCCGCGGCUCGAAAGGAUCCACGAGGAAUCCUCCACGGACUCCAGGACGAUCGCCAGACGGCGAGCCACCGGUGCAUCCACGAUGGAGGACGAACUGCGGUGCCCCAGCUGUAAGGAGUUGUUCGUGGAGCCGGUGCUGUUACCCUGCUGGCACGCGUUGUGCCUCGCCUGCGCGGUGAAUCUGCAGGCGCCUCCGGACUCGCCGCCGGAAUCCACCGCCGACUCGUCCAACGCGCCCGGCUCGGAUCAGGAGGCCGAUAAGCUAUCGAUAUUAUCGGAGACCGAUUCCGGCGUGGUUUGCAGCAGCACGUCCACGAGCUCGCGACCGGGCAGCUACGUCGGUACCCCGGGCAACGGCGGCGGCUUCCCGCCAUCCGGCGGCACCCUCUGCCUCUCGUGUCCCAUCUGCCAGAAGACCGUCUACUUCGACGAGGGCGGCGCCCACAAUUUGCCCAAGUAUUGGGCGAUGCAGCACAUUGUCGACAAAUAUCAGGAAUCGCGGAACGCGCGGCUUCAGUGCCAGAUGUGCGAGGGGGAACCGCGCGACGCGACCGUCGCGUGCGAGCAGUGCGAGGUUUUAUAUUGCGACGCCUGCAGAGAGUCCUGUCAUCCGAAGAGGGGCCCACUGGCAACUCACAAUCUGGGACCACCGAGAGGCAGCUGGCAAUCGAACGGGGCCAAGGGGUCCCGACCGGAGAAUACGCCGGUCUGCAACGAUCACAACGGCGAAGCGGUGAGCCUCUAUUGUGCCCUUUGCAAAAUCGCGAUAUGCGCCCUGUGUCUUCGUGAUCGCCACGCCGCUCAUCCUCACGACGUCCUGCCAUUGGCCGCUGCCUGCAAAGCGCAAAAGACGGAGCUGUCGCAGAAUUUGCAGCAGCUAUCGGAGAGAGCCCGCUCGACGACGGAGUUCAUUCAAAGGCUCAAAGGGAUGACGGACAAAGUGCAUGAGGAAUGCGUGGCGCUCGAGGGAGAAGUCGAGGAUCGGGUGGCGAAUCUGGUGAGCCUCCUGCAGGCGAGAAAGUCGCGACUGAUCGAGGCCGCUCGGCAGACCCGCGAGGCAAGGGUGCGCUCGUUGCGUGACCAGGUGGCCAGAUGUGCCACGCAUCUGCAGGCAACCACGGCGCUGCUCACCUUCUGCAUCGAGGCGCUGAAGGAGACGGACAGCGCGGCCUUCCUGCAGAUCGGCGGCAUGCUGUCGGUACGGGCGGCGACCGCCGCCGGCUCCUGGGGCGGCGCCGAGGGCGUCCAGGAGAUAGCUCGUCUGCCGUUGCUGGAUCUCACCCUGGACGACAAGCCGUUGCGACGCGCCAUCGAUCAGCUCACCUUCGUCCAGCUGAAACCAUCAGAGGGGGAGGAACGAUUUCCGACAGCAGCACCCGGAGCGCCUUUACUGAUCCCCGAAGAGUGUAGUGCCGAGAACAACAGCGUCACCGUUGCCUGGCAGCCGCCACCUGGACAUGGAAUUAUAGGCUGCGCCGGACAGAGAGGCCCAGCUAUCGAGGGAUACCUCUUGGAGUUGGACGACGGCUGCGGCGGGGAGUUCAGGGAGGUGUAUUGCGGCCGCGAGACUAUCUGCACUGUGGAUGGGCUGCACUUCAACUCACUCUAUAAUGCCAGGGUGCGGGCCUUUAACAGCGCCGGCGAGGGCGAGUACUCGGAACUGAUCGGUCUUCAAACCGCGGAGGUGGCGUGGUUUUCGUGGGCCACCGGCGCGGCCGGCAUACCGCAGGAGGUGUCCAUAUCGGAGGACGCGAUGAGCGCGUCCUGUGAGGGCUACGAGCAUCGCGUCGUCCUCUCGAGCGUCGGCUUCUCGCGGGGCGUCCACUACUGGGAGCUGACUAUCGAUCGAUAUCACAGUGACACCGAUCCGGCCUUCGGUAUCGCCCGGGCCGACGUGUCGCGCGAUCAGAUGUUGGGUAAGGACGACAAGGGCUGGAGCAUGUACAUAGAUCGGCAACGAUCGUGGUUCAUGCACGGCGGCGGUCACGCGCAGCGCACUGAGGGAGGCGUUCAGCAAGGCUCGACCGUCGGUGUCCUCCUCGACCUGGACACCACACACACAUUGCGCUUCUUCGUCAACGAUCAGCCGCAGGGCGGCGUGGCGUUCCGCGAUCUCUACGGCGUCUUCUAUCCGGCGAUAAGCCUUAAUCGCGGCGUCACCGUAACCCUCCACACCGCCCUCGAUGUACCGCGUCAUUUGCUCGCGCUUCACGAGGAGUAUGUUAGCGAUAUGGUUCAAAGCUAGGGGUAUCUCAAUGUCCUCAAGAAGGGCCUGUCGCAGGAGAUGGGCUCGACCGUUUGCACCGGUGACAGGUGCAGGGACUUCGAGUCGGGCCAGCUGCUGGAGAAGAUUGUCGAGGAGAGCAGCCCGGUCGAUGUUAAUUGAUGAGUAGAUCGCUCUGAGAAUACCUAAUAUGAUCGUUCGUAGUGUCUCGGUUUUCAAUCAUCUCGCUCGGUUCGAUGGUGCCCGGAAUCGCUUCGAAAUGUCUUCACGAUAUUGAACUUUGACUUUUUCGCCGCAAAUUAUGCGGCAACACGAAAGUGGUUCGAUUUUCUCGGGCCCGCAAUAUUCCCUCUGAAUACUUUGCAAUUAUUCGAAAAUGUAUUUUGCGAGUACAGCGAGUACAUUUUAUCAUAUCCGAUUUAUUAGAAAUAUUACUUUUUCAUCUUUUAUGUGUACGGAAAUAGAUUGUCCCCGAGAGUGUUAAAUCUAAAUAAAAUUUGCCUCGCGCUACUUGUCUGAAUAUAAGCGGGAUCGAGAAAUGACAAUUCAACAGGUCCGGAAAUUUCGAUGAGAAGAUUUCGGCGCGAACCAUGAAAUUUUUUAGAUCCGGUUUGCUUGAGAAACUGAAACUUAGAAUCGAGACUCUAAUUGGAGUCGGGAUUAUUUUUCCCCCUUUCGUUCGCACGAUCAAUAUAGUCUCACGAAAUCAGAGACUAUCGAGAUAAUAUUUCAAUCGAGACGCAGAUAUUGCAAAUAUACAAGACAGUAUAAAAUCAUUUAAAGAUUGAGAAAUCACUUUAUUUUGAAGACUUAAUGAGACUGAAGUAAUUAACGCACACAUGUCACGUAAUCCAUAAAUAAUAUCUCCCCCGUCAGGAGGUCAAGAGAGCCGAGAUGAAGUUUCCUCCGUUCAAGAUCAGUACACUUUCUAUUUAUAGCGCGCGCUAUAUAAAAGCGAAGCAAAGAAAAUAUUUUUUCCUACACGUUUCUUGAAUAAGAACAGUUUCUUCGUUCGUCUCGGAAGAUUACCUCGCCUCGGCGAAGACUUAACGCACUUCUCAGAGUUCGAUGCUUCCGUAAUCAGUCAAGUAACUCUCCGACUACAAUCUAGGAACGCAUGUACUGGUCGGAGAAAUUACCGGAUACUUAAUCGAAACUGGAAGAGCCUUGACCCUUGGAAGCAAGGAAAUGUCCAUUAGUAAAUAGCCAAGUAUCGUCACCGACAAACUUCCGUCGAGGAUCGUGCUCGAGUAAAAGCGAUCGGUCGGUUCGAGAGAUCGCAUCGGGAGAGGCGAAGAGUCACUCCGAAUAAGUGAGGAGUCUCUUUGCGAAAUUUCGUCGAUAGAGGAAGAAACGUGAGUAUCUCGCUCACCAGCCCCUCACCAGCGGCGAUUCUCUUGGAACUUCUUACUUCGGGGAGCAAAGUCGAGACUCUGGGGUGCCCAAAGAGCAUCUUGAGGGCCGACAGAAGGCAUCGAGAAGGCGUCGAGUAGUCUUCUCCGUAGCUUGCAUCAAGUAACCAGUAAAGAAACUCGACGAUCGAUCCCACCGGCCGGCAUCCGCCGCAUUUUUUGUCGAUCGCGUAAUUAACUAUUUCAUCACCUGCCGUCGUACAGAACCUUGAUAAUGUUGAUUAUCUCUCGAAGAACUCAUCAUUCGUCUCGCGUGAUCGACGUACGAGACGCAAAAGGUAUAAGAAAAUUUUUGUCAACAAUUUUUUAUAUCUUUUAUAAUGAAAUAAUUUAAUUUUACGAGGGGAAAAUGCCACUUUUUCUAUAUUUUAUAUAAAGCAACAUUUUGGAUGUAAAUAUACAAGAAAGAUAGCGCAUUUUUUUUUAUCUGCCAAAUUGAAUUGAUCGAAACAGACUUUCAACUUAAUUCGAUGCUGAAACAAUCGUGCGAAAAUCACAAGCAUGAACUUAUGAACGAGCGCUGACGAGGCGCGAUCGACGACCGAGGAGACGGAGGAUAAUCGACGUAGGUAAGAUAAUUAUCCUACACUAUAUAGGAUGAGGAAUCGGGGCUCCUCCCUGAGGAACACGCUGACCGAACGGUUCCUUGUCCUGCUCGCGUGAUCGACACGCAGAGAUCGCCUAUCACCCAUUAUCCAUAUCGACACACAUAUAGGUGUAAUCGCGUUUUGUAGGUCGUUAAGCUCCAUUAAAAGAUAGUAUAGAUAGAUAAGACGUAUAAAGCACAGUGCCGCGGCUUUAGUGUACAAUAACAUACGAAUCGAGUAUACGUUUUCUAGUCUUCGAUAGAGACCCCCUGAUCAACAUUUCUCUCCUCUCUGUUUAUUCACCCUUAUUCCAUUGUCCUCUCUUCCCUUCCCUUCUUUUCUCCCCCGCAUUCGCGUCUACGGUUUCGCGCUGGUCCUUUUUUACGACUUUGUAUCUCAACGGUCAGCAGUAUAGGACGCUCGAUUUUCUUCGUUAUAUUUCGAUGUAUAACGAUAACCCGGAAGCGUAUAUUUCGCGCCGGGCAUUGCGUUAGCUGAUGCGUGCGCGCGCGCGUCUAUUGACGCCAUAUGUACAUAAGUGUAUAUAUACAUAUGACUAUAUCGAUUGUACCGCCGAUAAAUUUGCCGAUUGUACCAUUUACGACUCUGUAUCGGAUCAAUAAAACGCAACGAAAACGUC